AUGGCGGCCCACGCUGCAAAGAUGGUCGGCGUUUCUGAAGACUCCAGCAGCAGUGAUGAUGAAGCGCUGAGAAGAUGUCAGGAGGCGGUUUGGGUCACACAAGUGACCAAGACAAAAGAUGCUGACAGAGAUGUGCAACAGUCCAAGCGUAUUGUUGUUGCUGAACAUGAGCAUGAUGGCAACGAGCUGCAAGUCACCCAAGGGUUUCGAACACACGUCGCUAAAAAGCUGGGACAUUUUCUUGACAGUUGCAUUUCAGAGUUGAAAACUGAAACUUCGUCAUGUGCGGAAUCAGGAAAAUGUGAUGAUGAAGGAUUUCGUCUGUUUUCAACAUCAAUCCCAGGACAAACAGUUGAGGAGCCUCCACCCCCUGUGCGGCGGCGGCCAAUUCCCAGCUCAAGUGACAGCGACAGUGAAAUGGAAUCACGGCUGAGGGAGGCAGCUGUGUCAGUCAAAGAUCUCUUACCCUCAAUGCCCUCUACGCACUCAACUCCCUCAGCGGAGCCUCCGUGCUCAGAAAAGAAAAAGAAAAAGAAGAAAGUGGCUCAGGAGGAGGAGGAGGAGGAGGAGGAGACAAAUGUUGUUGUGAAAAAGAAAAAGAAGAAAGUGACAGAGGGAGGAAAGGAUAGCCACGUUGUUAAGAAGAAAAAGAGGAAACAUAAUGAAGAGGAGAGCGAGGAGGUGGACUUUGCAGGCUCUCCUCCUAAUGCUCAAAGUAACGGUGACCACGAGAACUCGCAGGAACACAACCAAGCCAAAGUAAAACGGAAAAAGAAAAAGACUUUGAGCUGAGACUUUUAUGACUUAUCUGUCAUUGUCACAGCCGCAUUAUGUCACAAACCUUUGAAAUGUUUUGAGGAUGUUUGAGGAAUGUGUUCAAUCAUUUUGACUCCACGUGCUGAUAGUAGUGUAUCAGACACUUUUUCCAUUAAAAAUCAUUUUAUACCAUUUCUUU